AUGGGUAUGGAUGUGCUGAGUGCCCUGGGAUUAACUCUGCACCCAGCUUCGCACACCAUCUUCGAUCUGGAUGAGCAGACCUCUGCGUCAGAGGAGCAACUUCAUCUCCCAGCUAUCGACGGAUACGCUCACAGGAUCCAGCUGAAGCCUGACGCUGUGCCUAAAGCGUUCAAGCUUCGUCGUCUGCCUCUCUCAGUCCGUGAGGAGGUGUCAGCUGAGCUCAAUCGACUUCUCCGAGCUGACGUCAUCGAACGAGCAGACGCGUCUCAGUGGGUCAGCCCACUGGCUGUCACUCGCAAGAAGGAUGGCAAACUUCGCAUCUGCACUGAUCUUCGAUGGCCGAACUCUCAGAUCAUCGCAGAGGUACAUCCACUUCCCACCAUAGAUGACCUGGAGCGGAACCUACGAGGCACCGUCUACAGCAGGAUAGACCUGAAGUCCGCGUACUUCCAACUCUGCCUGCAUGAAGAUUCCCGAGACAUCACUGCAUUCCUCACCAUGGACGGCCUCUUCCGCUGGAAACGAGUUCCCAUGGGUCUCGUCAGUUCUGGCUCUGCGUUCCAGAAGCUCCUGGACCAAGUCCUGGACGGGAUCGCAGGAUGUGGUCACUACCUCGACGACAUCUUGGUGUCCGGGCGCACUCAGUCCGAGCACGACGCCCGCCUGCAUGCCGUCCUGGCCCGGCUUCGCGCAGCUCGCAUCACAGUGAACAUGCAGAAGUCCGUCUUCUCCCAGCCUGAGGUCGACUUCUGUGGUCACCGCCUGACGAAGCACGGAGUCGCACCUCUGCAGUCAGCAAUCAGGGCUGUGGUGGAUGCACCACACCCCACCGACCUCAAGGAGCUACGGAGCUUCAUCGGCACCACCGCCUGGUUCAGCAGGUUCAUCCCCGCCUACUCCACGGUGGUCCAGCCGCUGACUGUGAUGUUGAAGAAGGACAUCCCCUUCGAGUGGGGCCCAGCCGCGGAACACGCCUUCAACAGCGUCAAGAGCCUGAUCUCCUCCAGUCCGGUGAUGAUGCCGUUCUCGCCGGCACUGGACACCAUCGUCACCACGGACGCCAGUGACCGUGGGGCAGGCGCCGUCCUGACUCAGAUCCAGGCGGACGGACAGGAGCGCCCAGUGGCCUACUGGUCACGUUCCUUCACAGAUGCUGAAGCGAAGUACUCAGUCUCCGAAAAAGAAGCGCUGAGUGCUGUGAAUGCCAUCGAGCACUGGCGGAUCUACCUCUGGGGCCGCCACUUCACCCUACGAACCGACCACUCCGCGCUGACAACGCUGCUGUCGCCUCAGUCAGCCAACCGCGCAGGAGCUCGGAUCGCCAGAUGGCAGUCACGACUGAUGUCGUACUCUUAUACCGUCCAGUACAAGCCUGGCCACAGUAUCCCGGUCGCGGACACUCUCUCGCGACUACCGCUCCCAGACACCACUGCCGCUGAGACUGACAGUGACGAUGUCGUCGCACUCGUCACUGAUGCCGCUGCCGACGUCCUCACGGAGGAGGACAUCCGAGCCGCCUCAGCCGCUGACCCGGUGAUGGAGAAGCUGCGUUCUACAAUCCGCUUCGGCUGGCCCGACACGGCUCGCAAGUGCGCGCCGGACCUUCGCGAUUACUUCGCCGUGCGCCACGAACUCCAGUGCAGAGAAGAUGGCAUCGUCAUGCGCGAACCUGAACGGGUCGUCGUCCCCGAGACGCUGCGCAGCAGGUACCUGGAGCUGGCACACGCCGGUCACCAAGGCGUUGUCCGGUCGAAACAACUCCUGAGAGACCUGGCGUGGUGGCCCGGCAUGGCGACUGCUGCUGCCGCUCUCGUGAAGAACUGCCACGUGUGCUGUUCAAAGGACUCGGUGCUCGCCCAGCAGGCGCGACCAGCACCACUACAGCCCGUCCAGCUGCCUGACCGACCAUGGUCCAAGCUCGGUAUUGACAUCGUGGGACCCAUCUCCGCUGCGCCUCCUGCCGCACGGUUCGCGAUCGUCGUUACCGAUUACUACAGCAAGUGGCCAGAGAUAGCUCUGACAUCCACAGUCGAGACUGAUGACAUCAUCAGGAUGCUCAGCGCUCUCUGGGCUCGAGAAGGUUUCUGUGAUGAAAUCAUCAGUGACAACGGUCCACAGUUCUCAAGUGAGAAGUUCCGCACGUACCUGCAGCGUCGCGGCAUCACGCACCACCGGUCAUCACUCUACUGGCCGCGUGGCAACGCUGCAGUCGAGCGGCUAAAUCGAGAAGUCAAGAGCUGGCUGCAGGAAGCCGCCCAGUUGAGGCUCAGGACAGCAGACUCCUUCUCCAACCACGUCACACAGCGACUCGCGCUGUAUCGGACGACCCCCCACUGUAGCACCGGUGAGGCGCCGUCAGUACUGCUGCAUGGACGCCGGAUGCGUCUGAAUCUACCAGUCGUAGAGGAAGCAGCACACGACAAGAGGAUUUCCGACCGUGUCGCCAAACAACAGCGCCGAAACAAACGGAACUACGCUGCACGUAAAGGUGUGAAGCGGCCUGGUCUGCGGCCGGGUGACCUGGUCCGUGUGAAGAAGCCAGGACACGUCCCGAAGGAUCAAAGUCGAUUCUCGGCUCCAGUCCCAGUCACCCAGCAGCUCGGCCCAGCAACCUACCUGCUGGCUGACGGCACCAGAAGGAACGCGGCUCAUCUGGCUAGCGUGCCUAGUGGCAGCCAGGAUGGAACCGGACCUGCCACACCGCCGUCAGGCACAGCCGGACCCGUCACUCCGCUGCUGUCUCAGCCGCCGACUCAGCGGUCACCGACUCUGCUGCUGGACCAGCCGCCAGCGCCACCGCCGGAGACAGCACCGCCAUCUACAGGACGAACAACGCCCCCGCGAUCACAGCCAGCCACCGCCGACGCUGAUAGCGCGGACCGUGCCGUGCCUGACUCUGAUCUGGCUGAACACGAGCUGCCGAGAUCGUCGUUCGGUCGCCGUCGGUUCGUGCCUGUGAGGCUGCGCUGA